AUGCGCCCCUCACUGUUUUUGAGGCGCACGAGCGCGCCCUUGAGUCGACUCACAGGCGUUGCACAGGGAUCGCGCAGACAUCGCACACGCAUCGCACAGGAACCGCACAGGGAUCAGUCGAGAAGGGAGCGGCUGCUAAAAAAGUCGCACGAGCGGUUGCUGCGAUGGCGCGGCGACGGCGCGCGGCGGGCGCGCGGGGAGGGGCAGCGACGCGCGGGGCAGGGAGGGGGUUCCCCUCUCUCGCGCGCGCUGCUGCUGCCUUUCGCCGCCAUGUCACAUCUCGCCGCGCUACGCUCCAAUUUUCCCCACCCCUCCCACAGCCUUACCUCGCUUCCGCAAGCCGCGGCCGUUCCUAGCACCCUUCUCUUCCCACUCCCUCCUCCGCCCCGCGGCGUGCGUUAUAUCGCGUACGCCGCCAUGACUGCGCGAUCGAAACUCGGCGCGCUGUGCCGUCCACUACUGGCAAGCGCGUCGCCUCGUCUGCUGCCCACAAGUGCCGCCGGGGCGCCGACUCUUAGCGGCGCCGUUGUAGGCGCGGUUAUGGCGGGGAUAGGCGGCACACCCCAACAGCAGCGAAGGGGUCUGGCGGCCGGACCAUCUAGAAUCAACCUAGCAGCCGCGCCUUCCGCCGUUGCGCGGGCCGCUGAACCGUCCAACUUCAACGUGCUGGAAGGGGCGGCGGAGAGCAGCGGCCGCGUGUUCAUCACCGCGUACGACGAAAAGGGCUUCACAGUGGGCGGCAGGGACGUGGACUCGUCCAUCCUCUGUGUGGGUGACGUGGCACUCUGCUGGUCGCCCUCAUGCCUCGCUGACGUCACCCCCGACAGCUGUCACCUCACAGCUGUCACCGCAGAGCUGUCACUGCUGCUGGUGCUGGCCAAUCUUCCAUUCCAUGGCACUCCUUCUUCCCUUCAUACGUUUGCUGCACUCAUGACGUCUCGGCGCAUAACAGCCUGUCACAAUGUGUUUUUGGCUCUCACCCCCUCGUCUCACUCGUCUCCAUCCGUCCCUCCCUGCCACCACCUCUAUCGCACCACUUUCUCACCACUUUCUCACCUCUUUCUCACCAUGACUUUUGAGUCGACUCAAAAGUCUCCCCAUUUUCCUGUGGCUUAUCUCUGGGUUCCGCCAUUUCUUCCCAAUUUCCCACCCAGGCUUGCACCUGGCUCUCUUUCAGCUCAUUCACCCGCACCCAGUGCUACUGUGAAUGCUCAUGCUACUGUGAAUGCUCAUGCUGCUGUGAAUGCUCUUGCUACUGUGAAUGCUCUUGCUACUGUGAAUGCUCUUGCUACUGUGAAUGCUCUUGCUACUGUGAAUGCUCAUGCUACUGUGAAUGCUCAUGCUACUGUGAAUGCUCAUGCUGCUGUGAAUGCUCUUGCUACUGUGAAUGCUCUUGCUACUGUGAAUGCUCUUGCUACUGUGAAUGCUCUUGCUACUGUGAAUGCUCAUGCUACUGUGAAUGCUCUUGCUACUGUGAAUGCUCAUGCUGCUGUGAAUGCUCUUGCUACUGUGAAUGCUCUUGCUACUGUGAAUGCUCUUGCUACUGUGAAUGCUCUUGCUACUGUGAAUGCUCAUGCUACUGUGAAUGCUCUUGCUGCUGUGAAUGCUCUUGCUGCUGUGAAUGCUCUUGCUGCUGUGAAUGCUCUUGCUGCUGUGAAUGCUCAUGCUGCUGUGAAUGCUCAUGCUACUGUGAAUGCUCUUGCUGCUGUGAAUGCUCAUGCUGCUGUGAAUGCUCAUGCUGCUGUGAAUGCUCUUGCUGCUGUGAAUGCUCAUGCUGCUGUGAAUGCUCUUGCUGCUGUGAAUGCUCUUGCUACUGUGAAUGCUCUUGCUGCUGUGAAUGCUCUUGCUACUGUGAAUGCUCAUGCUGCUGUGAAUGCUCUUGCUACUGUGACUGCUCAUGCUGCUGUGAAUGCUCUUGCUACUGUGAAUGCUCUGUGCUACUGUGAAUGCUCUCGUCUUCCCCACCCGCCUACUGCUUCCCACUACCACCCGUCUUGCACAGAGCUACUCCUGCUGGGCACGGGGCAGCGCAUGCAGGCAGUGUCGGGGCAGCUGAGGGAGUUUGUGAGGGCGUGUGGUAUGAAGCUGGAAGUGCUCUCCACUGUGAGUGCAGUGAGCCCCGUCAGUACUGUACUCCCUCCUAUUUGCGCCCCUCAAAGCACCAUGUCCUCCCACCCCCAUCAUUUCCUGCACCAUGCCAUUCUCCCCAUCAUUUCCUGCACCAUGCCAUUCUCCCCAUCAUUUCCUGCACCAUGCCAUUCUCCCCAUCAUUUCCUGCACCAUGCCAUUCUCCCCAUCAUUUCCUGCACCAUGCCAUUCUCCCCAUCAUUUCCUGCACCAUGCCAUUCCCCCCAUCAUUUCCUGCACCAUGCCAUUCUCCCCAUCAUUUCCUUCCUCGCGUGUGCCCCCCCGUCCCCACCUCCCACACACCCCACCAGCAGCACGCCAUAUCGACGCUCGACGCAACCAGCGGCUCGCACCUCUAUCAACAAAGAGGGCCAUCCAUGCCAUUCCCGCACCUUAAUCUCCUUCCGUCCUCCUAUCCCACCUUCUCCCUCCUCCUCCCCCAACCAGCAGCACGCCAUAGCGAUGCUAAACGUGCCCAAUGAUGCUGCCAUAUCCACACCUCUACCCCUCCCCGUUCAUGUCUCCCCUGCCCAUGCUAUGUCCACACUCCUACCCUUUUCCUUCCUCCUAUCCCCCGUUCAUGUCCCCCCUACUUAUGGAAUAUCCACACCUCUAUCUCUUUCCUUCCUCCUGUCCCUCCCGCUAUUCCUUGCCCCCACCCCGCACCAGCGCCACGCCAUAGCGACACUCAACUGCCACGCCAUAUCCAUGCUCAACGUGCUCAACAAGGAGGGCCAUGCCACAGCCACACCAUCUCUUUACUUCCUCUUGUCCCCACUUACCCCCCCACCAGCGCCACGCCAUUGCAACGCUCAAUGUGCUCAACGAGGAGGGCAGAUCCGUUGCUGCCGCGCUGCUGCUGCCCUCCGCCUGACCUCACGCCCUCGUCUCCUCACUGGCUCCAUCUCCUCAGCACCCACACCCUAA